AUGGAACAUCAAAAGGAACAUUUUAGUCAUAUUUUACUUUUUUAUUUCCGCAAAGGGAAAAACGCAUUGCAAGCUCACAAAAAGUUAUGUGCUGUUUAUGGUGACGAAGCCUCAAAAGAACGGCAGUGUGUAAAUUGGUUUGCCAAAUUUCGCUCUGGUGAUUUUUCACUGAAAGAUGAAGAAUGCUCUGGUCGUCCAGCUGAAGUUGAUGACGACCUUAUCAAAGCAAUAAUCGAUUCGAAUCGUCACACCUUGGCUAUGCUCAAAAACUUGAUACAUAGGUUCCUCAUGAAAGAAACCAUUCAACGCAACGCAUUAACAACUGCGGUUUGCUCGAGAAACGUAACGAAAAUGAUCCAUUUUUAA